AUGCCUCCUCCACCGUCCUUCGACUACUAUGCUGAGCUCCAGGUUGAGCAAACAGCUUCCCCAGCCGAGAUCACCUCAGCAUAUCGACGACUUGCCCGCAUUCAUCAUCCUGACAAGAACCCCGACAAUCAGGAAGAAGCCACGACAAUCUUCCAACGACUGCAGCUGGCCCACGAAACUCUUUCCGAUCCUGCCAAACGCGCGCGAUAUGACAAUCCUCCGCAAUCCUCGAUCUUGAAUCAAGAUGACAACGACUACUGGGAGGUUGAUGAAGAUGAUGUCUUCGUUUUCAGGUUCCCCUUUGUUUUCUUCUUCUCGUCUCGCUCUUCACCUCGUCGUGGUUCCUCGCAAAGCAAGUCAGCCUACGAGGAUGCGAAAUCAGCAAAUGAGCGCCGAGCUCGGGAGAGCAAGCUGCGAGAGGAAGCCAGAGAACUGCGCGAGAAGGAGCAACGCCUGCGCCGAGAAGCCGAGGAAGCUCGCAGAAAGGAAGCGGAAGUAAGCAAGGCUUUGGCCCGGCGUCGCUUACAAGAUGCGGAGAGGGAGAAACAAGAGAAGCGAUGGAAAGACAACGGCACCGUUUCGAAUGACGAGAGACUCCGUACUUGCCUUCACUCAGACCUGUGUGACAAGGUCCAGCACACCAAGAAGUUCAAGUGUACCGCUUGUUCGGCGAGGCGCGGCAUGACCGCUUUUGAAUGUCCCUGUUGCUCGGCUCUUCUUUGCCAGUUGUGUCUCACCAAGUCAUCUAACAGGCGCAAGAAAAUGGAGAUGCAAGAGCAGAUGGAGGCUUCUGGUGUGCCUCAGACCCAGAGUGAGAAGCUCACCGUCGACAAGUCUAAUGCAAGCAAGUCCAACACCGGAAAUACCAGAACCAAGAAACUCAAGACCAAGAAAGGCGCGACAGCGAGUUCCACCAAACAGGCAUCGAAUGAGUCCAUCUCUGGCAAGAGCGGUAACACGAACAAGGCCAGCGUGGAGUGUGACUCUGACUACUGCAGUGAAACGGAUGAAGACAAGGGAGCACAUCCUUCGGGAGGAAAGUUCGCUUCUAAUAACCCGUACGACAUUCUUGCGGGUAACGAGGAGGCCACCACUCCUAAGCCCGAGAAGUCUGGACUAGAUGCUAGCACACUUGCUUCGAGCACCGCUCCCCUCUCUCCCGCCCACCCAGAUGGUGUCAAUAGUGCCAAUGAAGAGCCAACUUCUGCCAAGGCUGUUCAGUCAAAGAAGAGGAAGAACAAGAAAGUUGCCAACAAGGAGAGCGAAAAGGAGAAUGUCAAACCAGCCGACAAGGACAAAUGUGCUACUGAUGUUAUUGCUGCUGUCAAGACAAAAACGGCCAACGCAGCAUCUAACACUCAACAAAUGACGACACACCCGAGCUUGCGGGAUUCAUCUUCUCAGAACUUGUCUACCGUGGGCAUGUUCAACAAGACCACGAAGGAUGCGACUGUCAAGCCGGAGAAUUCAACGUCUCGCACCGGCCCAACUCGUCAACAGGAUCCCUCAGGACGAGUUCGCAGACCUACGCCAGGCACAACUAGCGGUUACAUUCGAUCCUCAAACCAAAGGGCAACAAUGAGUAUGCUCCGUCAGGCUAUGGAGAAAUUUGGAGCCGUGAGGUCUUUGAGAUUCAUAAACAAAAAGAGCGGCACCGCUCAUGUCGACUUCGCAACCCAUGACGGUCUAUAUGGAGCCAUGGCGGCCUCUCCUGUGCGCGUCAGUGAGCAAAUCACCGUUCGCGUGGUUGAGCUGAAGUCUUGCGGCUUCUGUGGGAAGACUGGCCAUGUUGCUGAGAAUUGCAGCGAUGCAAACAGAAAGUCGCAGAGUUGA